CCCGCUCAGCUCCCGUUCUCCGGGUCGAUCCCUGCCUUGCGCAUGCUCGGUGUGUCCCGAGGUCGCCCUUGCCGGGUUUCCCACGUGCAGCGUGAACCUGAGGUCAUCAUGCUGUGAAGAGAUGGGAGCCGCGGUGGUUCGCGCGAUCAGGAACUUCAACCUGGAGAACCGGGCGGCCCGGGAGAUCAGCAAGGUGAAGCCCUCUCCCGCCCCCAGGCACCCCUCCACCAAGAGCCUCCUGCGGGAGCAGUUGAGCGACCAAGCGGAUAUUAAGGGAGAAAUUGGUAGGAAAGAUGACAAAUUGCUGUCAUUACUGAGAGAUGUGUACGUUAAUUCCAGAGAUCCGGUGUCUUCUGCGCAGGACAAAGAUGCUGGAACACCUCAAGAGCCAAAGGAGUUCAGGUUGCCGAAAGGCAAUCAUUUUGACAUAAAUAUUGAGAACAUUCCCAAAGGCAAAGUUUCCAUUGUAGAGGCUUUGACACUUCUCAAUAAUCAUAAACUUUAUCCAGAUACAUGGACUGCUGAGAAAAUAGCAGAAGAAUACCAUCUAGAACAGAAAGAUGUAAAUUCCGUUCUCAAAUAUUUUGUUACUUUUGAAGUCAAAAUCUUCCCUCCUGAAGACAAGAAAGCAAUUCAAGCAAAAUGAAGGAACUCUUGGAAUUACUUUUCCUAUCCCCAUGCCCUGUUUAUUUUCUCAUUUUUAGCAUAUUACAUUAUAUAAAUUACUGAAUGUUUAAAGCUCCCUCCUCCUUAUGAGUGCAUCCUAUUUAUUGACCUCUGCUGAUAGAAUAAAUUUUGUUUUCAACUUUAAUUGGUUUAGGCAUGUAUGUAUGCGGGUGUAAUGUUAGCAUGACUAACUAGCAGGUAUAUAAAUUUAUUGCACAUAAAAGAGUUAAUUUUAAGUGUUAUUUUAAGCAUAUCAGCAUUUAAGUUGGUCAUAUGACCUCUUAGGAAAUGUCCUGAAUCACUUAUUUGACACUUAAAGUUUAACUUUCUAAUUCAGGUGGUUAGUUUAUUCUUCCUAUGGAAUAGUGAAAGUAAGAGCUUUCCUGACUCUUAUGACUGACAUUUUCUUGUUAGGGAAAGGGAGGCUUGACAGUGAGGUAGAACAACAGUAUUUCCCAACUAAAGGCAGACAGGAAACUGGAUACAAAACCAAUAGAAAAUACAUUUUUAUUACUACAGGGAAUAAGAAUUAGGUCUUUUAAAAAUUUAAUUUUGAAAUAACUUAAAAUUAUAAAAAAGAAUUAGUGUUUUAAAAUUUUAGCAAAUCUGUACUUUGACAAGCAAACAGGUAAGUCCAAGAGCUUUCAUAGAGGCAGGCAGUAGUGGAAGUCAUCUGAAAAAA